AUGGAAGUUGCUUCGUUUUUUGGAAUUUGCGUAUGGUUGGUACCUUUUGCAUAUUUCAUUUCUUUAAGUGCUAACGAUAAUGCGUUGCCCUCGUUCGAUCCCAACAUUCAUAAUAUCGAUGCGAUUCCGGCACGGAACAAAGCGGGUUUGCUGAAAAAAGCGAUUAAUUUCGUUCUUCAAAAGAAAGACGAAUUGAUUCCAACAGCCACACCUUCAUCAA